AUGGCGCGCGCGCAAGCAAAAAUGCAUACUCCGCGCUCGCCGCCCGUGACGACGGACUCGAUCCACCCCGAAUUACUCCAGGAAAUCUUCGCAUCGGACCAGGACAUGUAUCCUGCGCCUCUGACCUGGGAGCGCCUCGAAGGCUGGACCAGGGCAUCGCCGGAGUUAGCGCUGUCUCUAUGGUUCACCGGCGUAGACGACUCGGCAUCGCGGCCCCUCGUCGGCGCGGUGAUCGCGCUCCCUAUUCUGGCUUCGUGUUGGCGCGACCUGCUCGUCGGCAAGGUCAAGGAGACCGAUGUCGACCCUGAGACAAUGUUCCCCCGCGAGAGCGACCCAGGUGCUGAGAUCGGGCUUCACGUGUUUCACGUCGAGAGAUAUGAGGCGCCCGGGACGCAGGAAAUGGUGCCGAGAAUCGCGGAGAUCUCGAUGAAGGCCGUUGUCGAGGCCGCGAGGGAGAAGGGAUGGAAGGUCGUCGGCUACUCUGCACUCACGGCGACGCCAGAAGGAAGACGAUGCUUUGAGAGAAUGGGCUUCAACCCAACGGGUUACGAGGAGUUCUGGGUUUCGUGCGAGUCUUCGCCCGAAAUGCAGUUGGUGACAGUAUCCGCGGAAACCGCGCACGAGAGAAAACUUCUGGAGGAGCAAUCUGUCAAGGGACACGCGACGAUGCUGGCGAAGCAUGUUUCUUCGGCAGAUGCUGCGUAG